AGCGGGCUUUGAAUGGCACCGGAGGGCCGCAAACCAAAGAGCGGCUGUUUGCUUUUAUUUUGCGGCAUCGUCGUUACUAUAUCGAAAGGUGCCAUAAACAUUAAUUUAUUUUAUUUUAUGCGGUUUUACGUGAGUUUUAUAAAGUUUUUUAAUUAAGUGUGGUUAAAAAUUUUAAGAAUGAAAUUCCAACUAGUCAUCCUACUAGCUAUAAUCAGCACUUGUCCAGCCCUUUGCCCAACAAAAUGCACAUGCACCCAAGACCAAAAAAAUAGAAAAACCGUCCUCUGUAAGGACGGAGGCUUGAUCGGACCCUUAACCCUGCAAAACGUCAGCGAAGACACUCAAAUCCUAAAAAUAACCGCUCCGGACGACAACUCGAACAUGCUAACGAUGUCCCCCGUGUUCCACAGUUUCAAACAGCUCGAGGAGAUCCACAUUACUAAAAGUAACAUUCCGCAGUUGGGAAAGCACUUUUUUUACGGUCUAACCCGAUUGGACGUGUUAAAUUUAUCACAGAACAAUAUCACCCAACCGCUGGACCAUAACUUUCGGGGUCUGGAUAAGUUGAAGCAGCUGCUUCUGGAUGAUAACAGGAUCCAGUCGUUACCGAGCGGCACGUUUCGAUUUUUACACGGUCUGAAGGUUUUGUCGAUACAGAGGAAUCGCAUCACGGAAUUGGCCAAUCGGAUUUUUUUGGAAAUUGGAAAUUUGACGGUGCUUAAGUUGAGCGGCAACGAUUUGAGACAGCUGAAUUCGGAGGUUUUUAGCGAUGUUCAGAAACUCCGUCGUCUCGAAUGUCGCGGUUGCAACCUGCGCAAACUCCACAAAGAAAUCUACCACUUCCUCCCACAUUUGACCUACUUAGACCUAGGAGAUAACGACAUCAUGAAUCUUCACACCGACGACCUCAAAGACCUUACCAAUCUCGAACAUUUAAAACUAGAUGGCAACCAACUAUUGAUCCUACACGAUAACACGUUUGUCAAUCAAAUUUUUUUAAGAGAACUGGACGUGAGUCGUAACGCCCUUACUAAAAUAGCUGCCAACGCUUUUGUCGAACUCUAUAAUUUAACAGAGUUGAACUUAAGCAGGAAUAAAUUGGGAAAGAUUCACGAGGGUGCGUUUAACUAUAUCGUCGGUACGUUAGAAAAGUUGGAUUUAAGUGGAAAUCAGUUGAAGCAACAUACUUUAAAGGAGCUAAGUUGCUUGAAGUUCCUUAAGGAGCUGAAGCUGAGUCAGUGUGGCUUAGUAGAAACUGAUCCGAAAAUGUUUCCUCCUAAUCUGGAAAAGCUGGACCUAAGUGGGAAUUUUAUUACGACUAUUAAUGCUGAACAUCUUCCUACCCAACUCGAUCAAUUAGAUAUUAGCAAAAAUAAAAUCCGUGGUAUUAGCGAAGCUAACUUAAUAAGAUUAGACUUAUUGAGCUCCCUAAACUUAGUUGAUAAUCCUUGGUCAUGUGAUUUGUGUUAUAUAGUACCUCUACUUGAAAGAGCAAAUAGAAGUCACACGUUUAGUCAAGUGAUUUGUGCCUCACCUUUCACCAUGCGUAACAAAUCACUUGGUAUGCUGGAGAAAAGUCAGCUCACGUGGUGUACCGCUGCCAGCCACAGUGCAGGAGACGCUGACUUUUUUCUGAUCUCACAAGAUGGUAAAAUAGGAAUUAUAGCUGCCAGUAUGUCGGUUUGUCUUUUGCUCCUUACUAUAGCCGCGAUAAUUGGAGCGUUGUGCUACUCGAGAAGACAUGCAGCUAAGUAUUAUACUCACGAGGAUAAAUUAGAUAGUGAAGGGGAUAAUAUGUUCCAGAAUCACAGUCCGUUAUUUUGUGACGGUGAGCUGAGUUUUAAGUUUCCCUUGGACGCGGAAAAAAAGGUUUCUAUAGCGACAAUUGAGGAGAUGUCAAAUGGGCACCAGAUGUUAAAUGGUACGUGAGUGAUCAAAAAGAGACUUAGCUAGGAUACCAAAAAUGUGCUGAUUUAAUUUAAGGAGAGGUUAUUUAAGUGAAACUGAGUUGGGCUUUUUAACAACGAAUUAAACAUUAUAAGUGUUUUAGAAAUUAAAACGGCCUGAUUAUUGUCUAUUUAUUUUAUGUAAAUCAGAUUUUUUUGUAUAUACUUUUAAAUGUAAGAAAUUCUUUAUAAAUAUUUAUUGUAUGUGGUAUGAAAGAGAUGAGUGUCUUAUGUGUUUUUAAAAAAUACAUAAUUCUUGUGACCAGCUUUAUUCUAUAAUAUGUCUAUUAAACUUAAGAUUUUUUAAACGUUUCUAAAAUGUUUAUUUUGUACCUUUUCUCUACUUUUUAAUCCAUAAGAUGAAUAAAUUUGUUUUUAAUUUA